AUGGUGCUGCCUCAGACACGACCGAUCUCGAUCCCGGUUCCGACCUCUCCCUCCUCGUCUUCUCCUCGAAGUCACUUUCGCAGUAGCUCCGAUGCGGGCUCCGACAUCUCGGUCAGCCUACCGCUGUCUGCCAACACAGCCCUCUCUGUGCAGGCUGCACACGAUCCAUUCGCUGCCUACCAGCUCCAGCAGACGCUGGCAUGCUUCUCAGCUCAAGACAUCCUCUCCUGCAACACCAGCUCGCGUUCGCGCCUCGUCGUACUGCCCGAAACCAUCAGCAUCGAAGCUGCAGGCGAACGCCUUGCCGAAGCCGAUGGGGGUGAAACCUGGAUCGUCCUCAAAAGCGACGAUGCUAAGACUACCACCACAACUACUGGCGGAUCCAAACUUCGCACUUCCGAGUGUGCUGGCCUGCUCGGCCUGGAAGACCUCUCCGCCUUUUUUGCCGCCGUGUUCGGGCCACACUUCUCCAAAGGGGUCUCCUCGCGUUCGAGCGGGCUUGUCUCGCCACCAGCGUCUCCGAGCCUGAGCUCUGCUGGCUUUACUCAUCCAGACCUAGAUGUCCGAGUUGAGGCCAUCCGCGCUCGCCUUGAUUCACGACAAUCUGUCACUGCCGCCCUGGUAUCGAAUCUCUCUGGCCACAACCGUGUUUGCCACAUUUCGCUCCAGACUCCGCUUCAAGACAUCAUCGGAGAGCUGAGCCGCGACCAGGUGAGCUGCUUGGUGGUGUCGGAUCUCGAGCAAGACCAAGAUGGCGCUGUCUGCGGCACCCUGACUGCAUCGGAUGUUGUUGCUUUCCUCGUCGCCGAGGCCGAGAACGACGGCACUGUGGCCUCCGUUCUCGCCGGAACGCUUGACGCCCUGUCCCCAUCCUUGCUGCAGCAGCCGGCCGCCGUUAUCUCGGGCGACAAGAGCACCGUCGACGCCCUCACCCGCAUGCGGUCCGAGCAAGUAUCGGUGCUGGCCGUCAUGGAUCCUUUGGGCGGACUCAUCUCGCCCAUCUCGUCGCGCGAACUCGCGCAAGAAAUUCUGAGAUCGUCUUCGCGCAAGAUCCUCACCACACCACUGUCUUCUUUGGUCAAGGAUCUCCGUUCGAGGUAUCCACAGGGCAGCGAUGGAAAGGACGUGCAUCCAGCCAUCUCGAUGAGCAGCUCUUCAUCGUUUCGUCGAGCUGCCUCAAUGCUGCUCGCAACCGAGUCUGGCGGCGUUUUCGUUGUCGACGAGCCGCGCGUCGUCACGAGUCCGCCGCUUUCUUGCGUCUCUGCAUCGCCUGCGAAAGAAAUGCCGUCUUUCUCUCUCGAUGCAGAUGUGAUGCCACUCAGUCGAUCGGUGAGCUUCACGCCGGCACCGGCUCAGAAGCACCGUCGGUCCUCGACGCAGUUCUGGACCACACCGCGCGCUUCGAUCAGCGGUGCGACCAGCGAGGUAGGAGCAACUCGUCCUGCGCUGCCCAAUUUUGCGCUUAGCGGUAGCGCUCUCGACACUGCCCUGCCUCGCAGAGCCAGUCUGAAGCCAGAGUCGUCUCUGUCAUCGUCGGUAAGCUCUUUGUCAGCCAAGAACGCGGGCUCCACCAUGCCUGCUCACCUCCGCACGCCUUCGUUUUCACGCACGCAUCGGCCGCGAUCGUUGUCGUUGGCCCAUUUCCAAGUGGACGAGUCAGCCAUGUUGAGGCAAUUCAGCGCUCAGAUGGCCCUGGGCAGCCAGGGUUCAUGGACGCCUUCGACGCUGACACCGAGCUCAAGUGUGUCAUCGGCAGGCUCGCCCUCUUCUCCGUUCGGCAACAUGCUCGUCUCUGGCUUCUUUGGCGAGGUGUUGCAGAAGGGCAUGCCAAGGCGCGUCGUGACGAUGAAGACUAUCCUGCGCUCUCUGCUAGCCGCCAUGGUGACUGCCUGUGAUAGCAAUGUCUAA